AUGGAAUUUCAAGGACUCACCCCUCACAAGCUCACCCUUAGUGACCGUGGCGAGGAUUCGGCACCCGUUGCCGUUUCCCACAUGCCUUGGGUUUCUCGAAGGUUAAUCCACGUCGGCUUCGCAGGUUCUGAGAAAACAAAGGAAAUGGAUUGGGAGAACAUGGAAAAGGUGAAGAAGUUGCCAUGGGAAGACCAUAGCAGAGACGAAUACCGUUGGACGACGCUUCUCCCAGAACAAGAGGCAGCUUUGCAACUCAUGUGGAUAAGCAGGGAUACUGAAGGCAUUCAACCAUGGGGAAUGGGCAGUCGGAUCUACACACUUGUAGACACGCAGAGUAAUGAGAUUGUCGCUGAGUGUGUUAGAAACGGGAACUUAUAUGCCGGUGGGGUGUUGGAGUUUAACAAGUCGUGGAGGCGGCAGGCUGGUCAUCAAUUCCACCUCAACCUCAACUCCUUCAAUAUUAUUGAAAUUGAAGUCACGUGCAUCAAUUCAAUCAACUCAACCUAG